GAAAGGCUUUGGAACCAUACACAACCAACAGAGUAUUAAGGUUGGAAAAGAGCUCUAACGCAUCCGCUCCAACCACCCACCUACCAACAAUACUGUCCCCAAAUAUGUGGGCAGGGUGGGACCCCCACACCGCCAAAAAAGCAGAACAGCAAAGCUUGACAGACAAAACAAAGAUGUGAACCCCUCUAUCUGCACCUGCGAGUGCCCCCCGCUCCCCACUGAGGCCCCAGCCCCUUGCUGAGGGCUCCACUGGCAUUCACGUCCCUCUCCCUUCACUUUGAAGGCUCUCUGCCCUUAUCAAACCAACGCAGAACCUCUGACACACAAUCUUUGCUCAACAGAGAGUUACUUAUUUGCAAAGAAAGAACGCUGGGAGGGUAACGCCCAUCGCCGCUCUGGUUGCUUGGCUGCCUGCCUGCCCUUGCGUGGCCCUCAGUUAUAACACAACUCGCCAGCAGACCAUUAAAAGCCCUGUGCCUGACACACUCAUGGAUUUCUUUAAGGUGUCCUAUGGGUCCCUCAGCCCCAUUAAUGGUCAUCAGAAGCUGUUGGUGACCGUUGGUGGCCCUGCCGCCAUCUUGCGCCCCUGAAGGAGGAUGCGGCCCAGGCUGCCCACCUCCUCGGUGCUGCUGCUGUGGGUCCUGAGCAGCACCAUGCCUGCUAUGGUGGGACCGUGGAUGUCCAUGGAGGUCCUUGUUGAGUGCGGACGGCGGCCGCUGAUGGACGGCAGCUCGGGAUCCAGGAUUGUGGGCGGCCACGAAGCCCCAUUGGGAGCGUGGCCGUGGGCCGUCAGCCUGCAGGUGCACCUCAUGGGGGUGGAAUUUGCCCACGUGUGCGGAGGAGCUUUGGUCAGUGAGAACUCCGUGCUCACCGCCGGUCACUGCACGACGGGACGGAUGGACCCGUAUUACUGGAGAGCUGUGCUGGGCACAGAUAGCCUUUGGAAACACAGCAGACAUGCAGCAAAAAGAAGCAUCACUCGAAUCUCCGUGCACCCCAAAUUCAACAAAGAGACAUUUGAAAACGACAUCGCGUUAUUUAAACUUCAUUCUGCUGUGCGCUACAGCGAUUACAUCCAACCCAUCUGCUUACCUCCUGCACACCCUCAGCUGUACCCUGACAAUGAAACAAAGUGUUUUAUCAGCGGCUGGGGACGCACAGCAGAAAAAGGCAAAAUCUCGUCUGUGCUGCAAGAGGCAGAAGUGGAAAUCAUUCCUUUUGGUGUCUGUAACAGCUCUGAUGCGUAUGGAGGUCUGAUCAACGCCAACAUGAUCUGUGCUGGCUCUCCAUCAGGAGGCGUUGAUUCUUGCCAGGGAGACAGCGGAGGGGCUUUGGCGUGCCGCCACCCCACGGCCAACAAAUACUACGUGCUGGGCAUCACCAGCUUUGGGCUCGGCUGCGGCCAUCCCAGAUUCCCAGGGAUCUACGUCCGAUUGCCUCCAUACAGAAGGUGGAUCAAAUCCCAACUUGUGCUGAGCAGCUCAGCCACAGCUCCUGCCAGCAGCGCCCUCCCCCUGACUGCCAUGGGGAUGGUGCUCCUGUACACCUCCUAAAGCAGCAUCAGCACAGCACAGCUGGGCCGGUCCGUUCAGCUCGUGUUCCACAAGGGGUCCUGGAGCAAUAAAAUGUUGUGUGCAUCCAACCUGCACGUGUAAGCAACACUUUAAAAAAAAAUCUGCAGUUGUGCCAUUUCUUGUCAAUGUAGGAACUACAGCAGGGUAACAACAGUAAAUACACGCAUCCAGAGGUAUUUUUUAAGGAUGUGAGGUUUCAAACUGUGAUAACCUCCCAUCUUUUCUGAGGUUACAUGAAUUCAUUACAUUAAAACUCAUUAGCGUACGUCACAAUGAUGACACCACGAAGACAAAGUGAUUAUCAAGUGUCUGUCAGAAGGAAGCAGUAAUUUAACAUCUCACCACCUGAUGCAGCGUGUUCUACCCUCACUUACAGGAAUGCUGAUGUGUCUCACUGACUAUCUUGGCAUUCUUACAACAAAACAAAAUUUCCUUGAGAGAAAUCGGUGGCUUUCUCUUGUGAAAAGCUCCUCCCAUGGACCUGCAUGGAGACUGCAAAUGUGAGAGUUUUAGGUUGAUGAGAGCAAUCCUAAAAGCGUGGAAUAUUACAUUAAAAACACUGCCCAGUGCUCCCAAAUGUGUGCAAUGCAUUUACCAUCUUUUCUGCCUUUGAUAUCUGUACUGAUAGGAGAAGAAGUGGUAACGACCUCGACCCUAAUAAUGAAAAUGAGUGUAGGAACUGCACCAGCUGCAAGUGUUUUUCCCUACCCUACUUCUAUGCUUUUCCAGCUGUCAGAAACGCAGGGACUAUGGAUCCAAGUUGAAGGAGGGAAGAUUUAGGUUGGAUGUUAGGGGGAAGUUCUUUACUAGGAGAG